UCUCUCUCUCUCUCUCAUAGUCUGCAAAUAUACAUAUAUGCACACACAGAGCUUAGAGAGAGAGAGAGAGAGAGAGAGGGAGAUUUGUGUAAAGAAAGAGAAAAGGCCUGGCCGAGUUCAGGACGACGGCGAUUCGACUGGGCGGGAUUCGGCGGUCCAAACUCAGAAAUUUGAGGGCGGUGCCGGUGAUGGAAUGGUGUCAUAAGAUGGUCUUCCCUGUAAGGAGACUCUGGAUUGCUGUUGCUGCUAAGGUUAAGGCUCGCGACCAUGUUGGUGGGCUGUUAAAGCUCCGCGACGAUAUACAGAGUUGUGGAUACAAGGAUGUGGAGGUGAUGUGGGAAAUGCUCAGGGGAUCAGACUCAGAGAUGGUGCCAAACCGCCUUCCCAAGCGCAAGCACAGGCCUUUCUGGAGAGUUCUCACGUGGUCGAAACCAUCAUGA